AGGCGCCGCCAUCUUGGGCCGCUGGGUCUUCGCACCGGUCGCUGGCUGCCCGAGGUGGGUGGAAGGUGGGCCGGGUCGCGCCGCCUGUGGUCGCGGGCCUCGCCUCCUCUCGCGCUCCGCUGCGGCCCCACGAUGCCGCAGUACCAGACCUGGGAGGAGUUCAGCCGCGCGGCCGAGAAACUCUAUCUCGCCGACCCUAUGAAGGCACGUGUGGUUCUCAAAUAUAGGCAUUCUGAUGGGAGUUUGUGUAUUAAAGUAACAGAUGAUUUAGUUUGUUUGGUGUAUAGAACAGACCAAGCCCAAGAUGUCAAGAAGAUUGAGAAAUUCCACAGUCAACUAAUGCGACUCAUGGUAGCCAAGGAAUCCCGCAGCGUUGCCAUGGAAACGGACUGAAUGGUUUGGAAGGAAGAUGACCCUUCUUUGGAAGUAAAUAUCUUUUGAAUUUGAAAACAGUGUCGGGAGAGAAAGUACCUUAUGUAACUAAGUGGGCUCUUCAGAAGCGGGAGAUCGUUUUUUGUACUUUUUUUGUAAUGUUUGCGUUAGAGAGCUAGGACUGUAAAUGCUUUCAGGUAGAAAGCCUUUAUUUAUUUUUGGAAAUUGAACAAGAAAUGCAUCUAUGUUGGAAACUUUUUGCAGAUCGAUGUUGGGCGAAAUACAUAAUUAUUCCAUGGUUAAGUUUGUAUCCGUAAUUUGAAAAUGAGCUGUCAAUAAAAGCCCAUUCUUCCUUAAA